AGACACAGAAGCCUUACCUCAUGUCAAAGUCAUAUGCUGCAAUAGUUGGAGGCGCUGCAGGAGUGGUGCUUGUUGCAGGACUCAUCAUACUGUGGUUCUGCAAAUCUCAUUUUAAGAACUUUUCAAACAAGAACUCAGAGACGGGUUCUUCAGAUCCAUAUCCAAUUGCACUAGGGGAGUGGAACAGGAGAGGCAGAUCCAGUUCAACCCCUAGCCACCCUCUAUUUGGACCACAAGUAGCUAGGCAAUUCACCAUGGAUGAACUGGAGCAAGCUACCAAGCAAUUCAAUGAAAGUAAUCUCAUUGGAUAUGGAAGUUUUGGAUCAGUAUAUAAAGGUUUGCUUCAUGAUACUAUUGUGGCCAUCAAAAGGCGUCCAGGUGCUCCUCGAGAGGAUUUUGUCACAGAGGUGCUUUAUUUGUCAGAUAUUCGGCAUCGUAAUUUAGUUUCUCUUCUAGGUUACUGCCAAGAAAGAGGAUCACAAAUGUUGGUCUUUGACUAUAUACCCAAUGGUAGCAUGUGCAACCACUUAUAUGGGUUAAAUUCAUCAACUAAAUUAGAGUUCAAGCAGAGGUUGUCCAUAGCUCUGGGAGCAGCUAAAGGUUUAUGCCAUUUGCAUGGCCUAAACCCACCCUUGGUACACAGUAACUUCAAAACAGCUAAUGUCUUGGUUGAUGAGAACUUCAUUGUAAAGGUGGCUGAAGCAGGGAUCUCAAAAUUGCUUGAAAAGAUAGAAGAAGCAGGUCCCUCUUACACAUCCAGUGUUAAUGUUUUCCAAGAUCCAGAGAUAGGAGUACCCAGGAACUCCACUGCAAUGAGUGACAUUUACAGCUUUGGGGUGUUCCUUCUGGAGCUUAUAACUGGACAGGAGGCAGUGCAUCUAGGAUUCUUGGGAUCUGAUGAAAGCUUAAUUCAGUGGGUGGCUUCUCGAUUGAACUCCAACAAUUUUGUGGACUGUCGACUCAUCGGGAGUUUCACCACAGAUGGAAUCAGGGAUUUGAUCAGACUGAUGCUGCAAUGCAUGAGUUUUCCAGGAAUAGAGAGACCAAAGAUGGAAAAGGUUGUGGUCGAACUUGAACGAAUUCGUGAGAAAGAGAUGGCACUAACAACUGUCAUGGGCGAGGGAACUGCAACAUUUACUAAAGGCAGUGAACUAUUUACUUCAAAAUGAAACCAGAAGUUAUUGUUAGUAUGUACUGAGUUUGGGCCAAGCUUGAGCUAAAUAGCACCAGCUGGCAGCAAACAACAAUUUAGAGGGAGUAAGAGAAAGGUAUUGAAUAACUGGGAAGGGAUUUAUGUGCAAGUAUGAAUUUGUGUUGCUAGUAAUGAAAUUAAUAGCCUGUUAGAAAAAAGAUUAACAUAGUAUUUAGCUAUCAAUCAUUCAUCAUCUAUAUAUGACAUUGACAGUGUUUUCAGUCA